AUGAUAUUACUCGAAGUUUAUAAUCGUAUAAUCGAAGAAUUAUUAACAGUUCAAAUUGAAACAUUUUUACGAAAAGAAAAAUUAGUUGAUAUUAAAACUGAUGUUGUUGAUUUUGAUGGUGCAAUUUAUCAUGUAACAAGUUCACGUGAUAAACCAUUUAUAGUUAGCAUUAAAUUAAAGUAUUUUCUUGAUUUAGAACAACAUGGUACUGAUGAAUUUCUUCGUCGUGAAUAUGGUGAUCUACUUGUUACACCUUUAGAAGGUUAUAAUGUAACAUUAUCGUUAGAUUUUAAUACUCAAUUGCCAAAAGGUGAUAACAAUGAAGUUUGGUUACCAUUAGUCCGUAAAAUUUCAAUGCUUAAAAGAAACUGUUUUGCUGCUGUGUUUGAAAAAUAUUUUGAAUUUCAAAUUAAAGGAGAAAAAGAAAAAGGAAAUCAUAAACGAGCUGUUAUACAUUAUCGUGACGAUGAAACGAUGUAUGUUGAUGCAUCGUCAGAUCGUGUUAUUGUGAUUUUUUCAACUAUUUUUAAAGAUUCAGAUGAUAAUAUUAUUGGUCGAGUUUUUAUGGAAUUUCAAGGACGAAGACGACAAUUUCAACAAGCACCACAAGUGAUUGUUAGUUAUCGAACACCACCAGAAGAAUUAAAAGAUAUGCCUGAUGCACGUACAGGAGAUAAUGUUGGUUAUUUAACUUUUGUACUUUUUCCACGUCAUACAAAAGCAGCAGAACGUGAUAAUACAAUAAAUCUUAUUCAUACACUUCGAAAUUAUUUUCAUUAUCAUAUUAAAUGUUGUAAAGCAUAUUUACAUGCACAUAUGCGUCAUAAAACAAAUGAAUUCUUAAAACGACUUCAAUUAGCUCGACCAGAAGUUAAAAAGAAUUUUCGACGUGGUGAAUCAAAUUUAGCUAGUGAUACACCAAGUGGUAUAGAAUAA